AUGCCUGAGCAAGAAUCGCUAAUAGUGCAGGAGAUGAGUACGCUUCAUGCAGGUUCGUCUACCGAAGAUAUGAUUGUUGGGAAUACGGAGCGAGCUAGGGAUAUACUAAAUGCGCAAACCGGCGUAGAAGGUGAAAUAGAGAGAGGAUCUGACGAAGAAGAAGUGGAUAGCACAGAGCAUGAAGGGAGCAGUAGUGGAGGAAAUAGUACGACCGAACGACUAGUGCCACAUCAGUUGAGGGAGCAAGCUGCCAGGCACAUAGGUAGAAUAGGAAGACAUUUUAAUAUUCUUGAUAGACUUUUUAAGAAACACACACAACAGUCUUCAGAUUUACAGCAGGGCGCCAUGUUUGAUGGUGUAUUCAGUAACUUAAGUGCAAAGCCAGAUACCACAGAAACGGAAAAUAAUAAUGAACAGGAUAUACCACCAACGUACGAUGAAGCGGCUGCUGAUAUGGCACCUUCGUAUUAUGGCAUGGAUUUAAACAAUGCAGAUAUAUAUUACGAUGAAAUAUGCAUUGAGGGACUCCCAGUAGGAAAUAUAGCAAAUUUAUUAUGGAAUAUUAUCGUAAGCACGAGUUUUCAAUUUAUAGGGUUUUUGAUAACUUAUAUUUUACACACAUCACACGCAGCUAAACAAGGCUCACGGUUCGGCCUAGGGUUGACUUUCAUUGGGUAUGGUUAUUCGAUGAUUCCUAAUGAUGUUUCUUCAAAAGUUGGUAAAAAUAAAAGCUUAAAUAGAAUGGAGUUAGAAGACCCGAAUGAAUUCGAUGAUGUUAGUCUAAAUCAACAAUCAAUGACGCAGGACAAAUUCGAAUCACAUUUGAAUCAUGGCCUAGAUGAAGAAAAACAAAGCAUCCCAUCUCUGGCUAUCAUUGUAGGGCUUUUAGGUGCAUUCAUCACUUUCAAAAGCAUAUACGACUACAUUCAGGUUAAAAAAAUGGAGAAAAAAUAUCUAAACCAAAGUCCUAAUCAAGCAUAA